AGUGCCGAUAUACAGCCUACGUUUAAUUUCUGGUUCUUUGGGAACCCUACCGGUUUUACAGGGCUGCUGCUGGUGGUCGUGAUCUGUGUUGUGUACGCCACCUAGACGGUCCGCAGACUCAUCUUCAACGCCUUCUGGCUCUCUCACAAGCUUAUCGUGAUAAUGUACGUUCUCACGAUCCUGCACGGUGCCUCGAUGAUUGUCCAGAAGCCGACGUUCUACGUGUACUUCGUGGGCCCCGCUAUCUUGUUCACCAUCGACAAGAUGUUCAGCCUCUCUCGGAAACGGAUGGAGAUGUCCAUCGUGAGAGCCGAGAAUCUCGCGUCAGACGUUACCAUCAUCGAAUUCAAGAGACCGCCCAGGUUCGACUCCAAGUCCGGCCAGUGGGUGCGGAUAGCGUGCCUGCCCCUGGGCUCCAACGAGUACCACCCAUUUACCUUGACCUCUGCACCCCACGAGGACACCCUGUCGGUCCACAUCCGGGCAGUCGGGCCCUGGGCUAUCGCCCUUCGGAACACCUUUGACCAAGAGUAUUCGAAGGAGGCGAAUUACCCGAAGCUCUUUCUUGACGGCCCGUAUGGCGCGGCAGCAGGAGUGGUACACGCACGACGUGUCCGUGCUGGUCGGGGCCGGUAUAGGGGUCACACCGUACGCCUCAAUACUAAAGGACUUCGUGCACAUGACCUCCAUCAAAAACACCUACAAGGUGUCAGAAGUUAUUUUUCAUCUGGGGUCACCGAAAGUCAACGUCACUUCGAGUGGCUGCUCGGCAUCCUGAAGGAAGUGGAGGCGAUAGACACGAAGGGAAUGGUCUCCAUUGACAUAUUCAUCACGCAGUUUUUCCAGAAUUUCGACCUUCGCACCGCCAUGUUGUAUAUCUGCGAGGAGCAUUGCCAAGAACUGUCUGGCGGGAAGAGCGUGUUCACCAGCCUGAAAGCCAACACGCACUUCGGUCGCCCCCACCUGAGCAGCAUGUUCAAAACCCUGCCUCGUACACACCCUAUGGUACGUAAAGUGGGUGUGUUUUCAUGUGGCCCACCUGGUGUCACUAAAAGCGUCGAACGCGCAUGCGUAGAAAGCAGCAGAAGUACAAAGGCCUUGUUCGAACAUCAUUUUGAAAACUUUUGAGUCUUUGAAGUUUUAUUUAAAGUGUUAACGGUGACUUUAAGACGACAUUUUCUACAUUCGGACUUUUGAAACUUUUACCACCUUUUGGUUGUCAAUAUAAUCGUAUAAUGAUUAGUAGAUAAAUACAUGUAUCGUUAUUGUGCGUGAAAUUUUAUACGUGCAGUAAAAAUAAGUCGUGACCCGUUUAAGAAAGUAUUAAGAGUUAUGUGUUUUUUUCAAAAUGAUCAUAUGGCAUAUCUUAACAGGAAAAAUGUUAUUAAUUCAAUAUAAUAUUUUGUCAAUUUGUUUCGAUGCUUUUAUGU